AAGACACCAACAGUCAAUUCAGUUCGAAACGCCACAUAGCAUAAAUGGAUCUGAACGGGUUAUAAAUUUCCCUCCAUUUCUUAUAAAUUUGAAAAAAAGUACAAACCAAAGAGAGAGAGAGAGAGAGGAGAGAAGGAGCGGCUUCGAAAUUUGAAUCCCCAUUUUAGGGUUCAUUCAUUGCUUUUCUCAAAUUAUCAGUUUCACGAUCCAAUCACCAACAGACCAUUCCACCAUUUUCAAUCAAUCGAUCUUCACAAAGAAGAAAAAGAAACAGAUUCUGAAUCAGCAGCCAUGGAGAAGUACGAGAAGCUCGAAAAAGUCGGUGAAGGAACUUACGGUAAGGUCUACAAGGCCAAAGACAAAGAAACUGGCCAACUCGUUGCUCUCAAGAAAACUCGCCUCGAAAUGGACGAAGAAGGCGUUCCACCAACCGCACUUCGUGAGGUUUCUCUUCUUCAAUUGCUUUCUCAAUCUCUCUAUGUCGUUCGUCUUCUCUGUGUUGAGCAUGUUCAUCACCAUAAGAGUGGUAAACCUCUUCUUUACCUUGUGUUUGAGUAUCUCGACACUGAUCUCAAGAAGUACAUUGAUUCGCAUCGGAAAGGUCCCAAUCCUAGGCCUCUUCCUUCCUCUCUUGUUCAGAGUUUCCUGUUUCAGCUCUGUAAGGGUGUUGCGCAUUGUCAUAGUCAUGGUGUUCUUCACCGUGAUCUCAAACCUCAAAAUCUACUUCUCGAUCAGGGUAAAGGUGUUUUGAAGAUUGCUGAUCUUGGCCUUGGUCGUGCUUUUACUGUCCCUCUUAAGAGCUACACUCAUGAAAUUGUUACUCUCUGGUAUCGUGCUCCUGAGGUUCUCCUUGGAUCUACACAUUACUCCACUGCUGUCGAUAUGUGGUCUGUUGGCUGCAUCUUCGCUGAAAUGGUGAGAAGGCAGGCACUGUUCCCCGGAGAUUCUGAGUUCCAGCAAUUGCUUCACAUUUUUAGGCUGCUAGGUACACCCAGUGAGAAACAAUGGCCUGGAGUUAGCUCUUUGAGGGAUUGGCAUGUCUAUCCUCAAUGGGAACCUCAAAAUCUUACACGUGCAGUUCCAUCCUUGGAACCCGAGGGUGUUGACCUUCUCUCGAAAAUGCUUCAAUAUAAUCCAGCAGACAGAAUCUCAGCUAAAGCAGCUCUUGACCAUCCAUAUUUUGAUAGCCUCGACAAGUCUCAGUAUUAAGAGAAGAUCAUAGCAAAUGGUAAUGUGAUAUUAUGUGAUUUGAUGAUAUGUAUUGCAAAAUUAAUUGUUGUUUCGUGUGGUUUUCUGAAAGAAAAAAGAAAAGGUCAAGUUGUGUCAUCAUCUUGGUGAAUCUACUCUAAAAUUUGUAUUUGUGAAUUUAAAUUAAGAAUUUUAUUGUUGGCUCA